GUUUUGCCACUAGUUUUCCAACGUGGGCAUUUCUUCACAAAAGUCAACGCUUAAAAUUGUGACAAAUCCAAGUGCAUAAAUAGAGUUAGAUGUCGUCCCCCCCUUACUUUAUCUCUAGCAAUAAAACUCAAGAGUUACCGGUCCAACACUGAUUGUCUUUUAAACUUUUGCUUGCUAGUCAAAAAAAUGGCAUACCAAUUCAUGAAAUGGCCCCCAACAUCGCGCUUCGACCUUAUUCCGACCGCGCUGCAGCCUUACAUCGACCUCGCCGAUGAAGCAACAACCUGGCUUAACUUCUUCUCUCCAGCUGAGGUCGAAGAGCGCUAUGAGCAGUAUAUUGAUAAACUCAAUGGCCUGCUGGAUAGUACCAUGGACGCAAUUGCGUCUCUGGAGCCAGAUAGCGACGGAGCUUUCGAAGCCACACUCGCCCUGUUUACUGUUGCUGUCCACCAAUACCGGUGGAAACAUGUUCCAGUACUCCAAGAGACUCGCGACAUCAAAUCUAUGACGGUUCCGCCAUGUUUUAAAGUUCCCUUGUUGCAUCUGACCGGCAAAGUAGGCUUGCCUUUCGCCGGUUCUGUCUAUGCUCUCGUUGUCUGCAACUACGAUGCAGCAAGUGACGGCUCUCGAUUCAUGUUCAACAGCAUCUUACCAGGGGUGAUGCAAACAGAGAAGGGAUGGACAAAGAUGCUGUGGACGUUCGAACAAAAGAGCGCACCGUUCCUGGAGCAACUUGUUGAGCUCUGCACUGCUCUCGACGAUGAUAGCAUACCUGACAAGGAGAAAGUCAUUGCAGAGCACUUGGCAAUGACCAAGCGUCUAGCUGCAUCGGUAUUCAGGACACUCCACGAGUUUGAUUCCAAAAAGAUUAUCAGCUCCAAGUACUUUGCUCUUUACAUUGAAGGGCCCCAUGGUUGGGGAAUAGACGGCAUUGGCGGCGCUUCUGGUGCUCAAAUGCUUCCUGUUACCAGUUUGGACGCGAUCUUGAGUAUCAAAGGGGAAAGUAUGAUGUAUCGAGAGACGAUCAGGUCGCGUAGUGCGAUGACCACAAAGAUGCGCGAUUAUUUGAGUUUUCUCGACACCCAUGCGCCGAAACUCCGGGAACACUAUGCCCAUCUUCCCGAGUUUGUGGAACUCGUUCGCAUGGUUUACAACUUCCGCCUCGGCCACCGCAAAAUUGGUAUACGCUACUUGGCCAGCUCGGAGGGUACUGCUGGCGGCAAGAUACAGCUAACAGAAACCCGAGAUGGACACGAAAUGGUAGAUAAAUUCGAGCGAGAAAUGGGAGCUCGAAUCAAGGAAAACCACGACUACAUCGACCAGCUGAUAGAACUUUACGGCCCACCUCCAGAAGAUAUGAACAGACUGGGUCGCAACGCCUCGAUGCCUGUUUUGAACAGCCUAGAGCUCCCCGAACUAAGACACACGAGAUUCAAACAUACAUCGGACGUCGCUCUCAAUUUAAUAGGGGGUGUGAUGUCGUUGAUUCCAUCAGUAUCGACCAUAUCAGAAAUGGGACGGUCGUUAAGCUCGCUCAUCAGGAGUCGUUCAUCGACGGUCGUAGCCCGGGAUGACACAUCAGCGGAGGAAUCAAUGACCGAAUCCGAUUCAGAACAAGAGGAUGUCGUCCCAAAACAAAACGAUCUCGUCGAAAAUGCAAGAGUGGCUUUCAGCAAACUAAUCAUCGGCGGCAACCUGGAUUCCGCUGCUGCUCAGAAGUUGAUGCAAUCAUAUGAGGCACUUCUUCAGGCUGCCACAAACCACAAGACGCCGGCUACAAAAUACACGCACAAGAUAGACAAGACUGAAAGAGUACCCGAGAUACCAACAAUCGUCCUAGAAUUAUAGAAUCCAUGAGUGACUACAUUUACUAUUUUUGUAUAUGCUGGGCACCGGCUUAAUAGAUACUAGCAGCUAAAACCUCUACAUAUAUUUGCGUCUACACUGCACCAUUGUAAGCGGGACGGCAAUACACCACCUAUGGCUGUGAACUGCACCAAUUGGCGCGUGCGACUAACGGUCAAUACGUCC